AUGAGGCUGCCUCCUAGUCUAGUGGUUUCUGGUCAUUCUUCCUCCUCUUCUCCACUAGUUUGCAAGCUCAAAAAGUCUCUCUAUGGCCUCAAACAAGCCUCAAGACAGUGGUUCUCUAAAUUGUCUGAAGCUUUGGUUUCCAGAGGUUACCUGUCUAGCAAAAAUGAUUAUUCAUUGUUCACUAAGACUUCUUGGGGCUCCCUGACUGUCUUGGCAGUAUAUGUCGAUGACAUUCUAUUGGCAGGAGAUGAUACUUCUGAAUUGGAUGCUCUUAAGGAUUUUCUGGAUGCUAUUUUCAAAAUCAAAGACUUAUGUUCUGUUCACUACUUCUUGGGUUUGGAAAUUAUACAACAACCCCAAGGUUUCUUGAUGUGUCAGCACAAAUUUACAUCUGAUCUCUUAGAAGAGUUUCAUUGUGAUCAUUUCACCCCUGUCAAUACUCCUCUUGAUCAUUCCAUCAAACUCUCUUCUGCUAUGGGAGAGUCCCUUUCUGAUCCUAGCAUCUACAGACGGAUUGUGGGCAAGCUUAAUUUCUUGUGCCAUACAAGGCCUGAUAUUGCAUAUUCAGUCCAACAUCUUAGUCAGUUUCUUCAAGCUCCUCAAGUUCCUCACAUGCUGGCUACUAUACAUAUUUUGAGGUAUCUGAUGAAAGCUCCUGAUUUGGAUAUUUUCCUUCCUAAGUCUACUGACUUUUCCCUCUUGGCUUAUUCUGAUUCUCAUUGGGCCACUUGUGCCCAGACUCGGAGGUCUGUUACUGGGUAUUAUAUUACUUUAGGGGGCUGCCCUAUCUCCUGGAAAAGUAAGAAACAACCCACUAUAUCUCUCUCCUCUGCUGAGGCAGAGUAUAGAGCUCUACGCAAAGUGGUUGCUGAAAUUUCUUGGCUUGUUCGUUUAUUGGCUGAUCUUGGGUUGGUUAUUUCUAGUCCUGUUCCUGUGUUUUGUGAUAGCCAAGCUGCUUUGCAUAUCGCCAAGAAUCCGGUCUUCCAUGAACGCACUAAACACAUUGAGGUUGAUUGCCACUAUGUUCGGGAUAGCAUACAAUCUGGUCUCAUCACUUUACAUCAUAUUUCUUCUUCUGCUCAACUUGCUGACAUUCUCACCAAGUCCCUUCCAGGCACCACUCAUCAUCAUCUCCUUGGCAAGCUUGGGUGUCAACACCCUCAAGCUUGA